CCAUCCUGUACUAGGAAAAAAAUGGAGACUCAACCUCUCCGCUCUCUCCCCCUCCUCUCAAUUCUGCUUCUUUUCAGUCCAUUUUUCGCCACCACCUAUGCUGCUGAGACUGGCAAACCCUUGAUAACAAAAACCUGCAACAGAACUUAUUAUCCGGAGGACUGCGUUAAAGCUCUAGAAUCAGACCCUCGAAGUUCCAACGCUGACAUGCCAACCCUGGCAAGGAUCUCCAUGGAGGUAUCUUCUUCCAAAGUGAAGAAAGGCUAUCCGGAGGUUAGAGAGUGGACCCUGAAGGCAAGCGACUACCUGACCUGGGCUAUGUACUCGGCAUGUACGGCCAACUACAACCAGAGCAUAGCCGAUAUGAAUAUGGGACUCCGGCUUUUCGACGGAAAGGAAUACAAGGAUGCAUUAUCCAAGGUUGUGGCUGUUAACAGCGCAGUAGUCACCUGCAACAACUUCAACUUGGCGCCGAUUUCACAGCUAAAUGGUGCUUUGAUUGCAUUAACCAACAAUACGGGCACCAUUUUAAGUCUUCUUUUCUAAGUAAUUGAAUUGGAUUUUGGUAUCUCUAUCUUAUAAAUAACACCUUAACAU